CCUAGGCCUAGUUGACAUUAACACAUUUUUGUGCAUCAGCUUUAUUUCUUUUGGAAAUACUGUCUUGGGGGUCGAGUUAAAUUUAGGGAACCAGAGCUUUUUGUAAAAUAAGAGCUACUGAUCAGGAUUACGGUCGACUUUGAAUUACUUUGAGGUGUUUCGGCGAUCGCUGUUGCUUUGGGCCCAAACUCAAAGUGAGACGGGCCCCCGAAAGGACACUCUGGAGGGAAACAAUUCACCUGGCCCUGUUCCGAUUUGAUUUGGUAAUAUUAAUUUAAGGCUUCACUCGUCAAAAUUCUCUCUCUCCAAAAAUGAGCAAAAUUGUUCCGCGCGAUUUAUAUUUCUUCAUCUGUUAUUUAAAGUCCAUAGCUUACUGAAAUAUAUAAUUUUUAGUUACAAUAGCCUGAAUAUUGUGUCAUUUGUAUUUUUGAUCUUGGUUUUAAAAUCGUUUCCAAUUAAUUUAAUUAAUAAAUAUUUACAUUUCAUUUUAACCGCAAGAAAUAUCUUUUUAUGCUCAACACACUUCUGAAAAGAACCCACAUCCUCUCACGCCUGCUUGUUUCACCAGUUUAAAACUCGAUAAAUUAAAUAAAAAUAAUAAUUUUCAAUAGUCUAAGCAAUUGAUAAUAAUUCAUAAUAAGAAAAAAGUAAUUACAACAUAAAAUUAUAACUAGAAGUUUAUAAAAUAUAAUAUAAAAUUAAAUUCAGCUCGUUUGACAACAUUCUCACCAAAUAAUUGAAGAUGAACGCGAGUUGGGCUUAAUUUCGAAUAGUUUUUUGGUGGAGGCAUAAAUAUUUUGUAUUUUAGAAUUGAAAAUUAUUAAAUUUAAUGACGAGUUAUAUUUUUAUAUUUCAUUUAAAAUUGACAUAAUCCGACGGAGAGGUGAGAAAAUAUAAUGAGAACUACUAAUAUUAAGUAAAAUAAUUCCCACAUUUGCAUAAUUUUUUUGUUCCAUUCAUUUUUUUUUUUAAUUCAGUUGUUCAGUUCAACACAUAAUUUUUUUUUUUAACUUAUGUACAUCAUUAUAAAAAAUGUACAACAUUUUUGAUUGUAUUUGGUUUAAAAAAUUUAAAAAAAAAGAAAGAAAAUGAUUUAGCAAAUAUAACUUGGAAAUAAAAAUCAAGAACUAGAGUGUCGACAAGGAAAGUGAUCAAAGUAUAUAAGUAUUUUGCUACCCAGCACGGUUGAGGCUGCGCGGUUCUGGCGAGAUCAAGCUGUUGUUGGGGUGGAGAGCGCGCCAUUUUUAAAGGUUUAAAAUAGUAAAUAAUUGUUAAAUUAUUAGAGACGCAUUGGGGACAGUGGCGGAGGAUUGACUUUCUACGACCGUGAUGACACCGAACGCCACUUUUUGCGCGGCGUCGUCAGUUCCAGUCCGGGAAGCAUAUUGAAAAACCAUGGUAGAUGGUAUGAAUUUGCAUAAUUAAUUAAGCGCAAUGCUCUGAAUCAACGCACGCUAAAAUCACAAACUGACAAUAAAAACGACAUUUUCAAAUAAUUUGUCCUCUUUCUGGACUAAAUUUAAUUAAAUUUGAGCUUAAUCGCAAUUAAUACCGCUUGAAAGUGCUUUUAAUUAAUGAAAACGUGUAAAUUAACUCAUUCUUCACUGCGAUUUUGACAAUUAAAAGUAAAAAAUUAAAAAUAUUCAAGAAUUUUCGGCUCCCGUGAAAAAGGUAAACUUACGAUCUUUGAUUCCUAAGGAAAUUAGCGCGCGUUGAGAUAUUCGCUCGGGACGUGGCUUAAAUUUCUCUCCUUGAGAUGAAUUUGCAUAAUUAAUUAAGCGCAAUGCUCUGAACCAACGCGCGCUAAAAUCACAAACUGACCAAAAAAUCGACUAUUUCAAAUAAUUUGUCCUCUUUCAGGACUAAAUUUCAUUAAUUUUUGGCUCAAUCGCAGUAAUUGCUGCUUGAAAUUGCUGUUUAAUAAAAAAAAAUUAUUGCAACUCUAAAUAGUGUUUUGAGAAAAACGUGCAAGGAAAAAAAUCUAAAUUUGAAUAUUGUAAAUUUAAAAAAAAAAACGUUUUUUUUUUUUGCAGGACGGCGCACAAGUACGUGCAGCAGGCGAUGGAGCGGUCCAAGGGUGGGUCCGAGGGUGGAUAGCCGAGGGGGUGCCUCACAAUGUCCUAAAGACAAUGUCCUAACAGAAAAUGUCCUACAGAAAAUGUCCUAAUGAAAAUGCCCUAAAAUUAAGAAUUGAAAAUGUCCUAACAGAAAAUAUCCUAACGCCUGAAAAUUAUGACAAGUCAUGUGUCAUGUGCAAAAAAAUUUAAUUUCAUCCUUUCAAGUAAUUUUGCUUCAAAAUUUAUCCUCAUUUAAAAUAUUUGACGCUUCAUACGACUAGGGUCUUUAUUGGAAAAUAAACUUUUGAAUUAAUUUCAGUAAUUUUAGGCUUUUGUAAUGACGUCAAAUAUAUUUUUUUAAAUAUUUUUGUUUUUUUUUCAACGGGUAGUUUCUUCUAGACAAUAGUUUCGAAGAAUUUCGUAAAAAUCUUCAGGCGAUUGUAUUUUUGUUUCCUACGAAAAAGUUUACUUAAAAAUAUCAUUCAAAUUUUUUUUCAAGAAAAAAAAUAUGAAAAUUUCUAAUUGAAAAUGUUCGUUAAAUUUAUUUUCAAUGUACGUUGUAGUAAUAAUAUUGUUAUUAACAAUAAUUUGUAUUUGUGGAAAAUAAUAUGAUUGUUUCAAAAUUUUAUAUUUUGAAUUAUUUGAUCAACUAUAUCGUAAGAAAUGUGACAUAGAAGCUUGACAAUUAGCAUCAUUCUUUCUGCUUAAGUGAAUUCAUUUGAUAAGGAAAGAAGUUCUUGUUAGUCCCUGUUGAAAAAACUAAAUUUUUUAUAAUAACUCAACCACUUUUCAGAAGUUUAGGACAUUUUCUUGAAAUUCAAUUAGGACAAAUUUUUUAGGACAAUGUGCGACCAUAGCUUUUAGGACAUUUUCUUUAGGACAUUAUGAUGGUACCCGAGCCGAGCGCCCUGGAGAGGAUGCUUGGGCGCGACCCGAACCCUACACGGGCCGUUGUCAUGGCCCUGGACAUGCUCGCCGCCGGCAUCGACACGACGUCGCACUCGCUGACGAACGUGUUGCUGCACGUGGCCGAGAACGGCGACAAACAGGAAAAACUGUUCCGCGAGUUGGAGAAAAUCAUGCCGGACCCUUUGACGCCCCUCACCAGCCAAAUGCUCGCUGAGAUGAAGUACCUCAGGGCGUGCAUCAAGGAGAGCAUGAGGUUGGCGCCAGUUUUCUCUGGAAUUUUGAGGAGGACGACGAGCGAGAUGGUGGCGAUGGUGCUUUCGAAUCACCGCGUGCCCGCAGGAGUGGACGUGGUGAUGGGGAACGGCGUCACGUCGCGGUCGGACGAGCACUUUGCCGAGGCGGGGAAGUUUUUGCCCGAGCGGUGGAUCAGGGGCGGCGAGUUGGAGGAAAAACCCUUUCGUGUCGCUGCCCUUCGGCCACGGCCCGCGCAAGUGCAUCGGCAUGCGAUUCGCCCUCCUCGAAAUCGACGCCCUCCUCGCCAAGAUGAUGCGCAGGUUCCGGUGGGAGUUCAAGUACGGCCCCGUCAAGUACAAGUCCAGCCUCAUCUACGUGCCUCAAGUUCACCGUCCGCCACCGUUGACGUCUCACGCGAAUAUUUUUUUUAGUUUUAUAUCUCAGUGUGUCCAUGUCAGAGUAAAUUUGCAAUACAGAAAAAAAUGUAAAACCUUUAUUGGCAGAGAUUUUGAUUGCUGAAAUUGAUAUCUUACUUUUGGAGAAGAAUCAGUUAAUUUACACAAUUACACUUUAAAACACAAAAACAAGAGUUUAUUGUAAUAUUCUUAAUACCUAAACUAUACUAAAUAAAUACUUCUUUUAAUCACAGGGCGGCGUGGGCUUCACAUUUGAAUUAUUGUUUUAUUUAAGAGACUGAGAUUGCAAUCAAGUUUUUCACUCUAAAUUCAGCUGAGAGAAAAUAACACUCUUGUAGGCGCGCGGCCGCAAAAUUUUGAUAGCGCAAUAAAAACUGUUGAAUCGCUAUAUUUCUUCUUCAAGCCUUGCGUGACUUCGGUCCUGUUAAAUUAUUGAGCACCAUGAAAACCGCUUAUAGACGUUAAUUUUAUUUAAUUUCAAACCAUCAACCAGCAACAAGAGUACCCGUCUCUUCUUACCGCAAAAAAUAAUUCUUAAUUACAAAUCUCGGCCUGCCAACUCGAGAAAUGCAAUAAAACUUGCGGUUUUGUGCUACUGUUAAAAUUUUGAUCACCGUGAAAAUCAGUCCCUCAAUUAAAGUACCAUUUUAUGGUUUUGCCAACUUUGGCAAAAAGACCAAAUUGCUAUUAAUUUCGGAAUGCAAUAAUGUAGUUUUACAUUAAUAUAUAGUUUUAACAAGAAAUUCUUUCUAGUAAUUCUUGUUUCAAAAUUAAUCGUUUAUUCCGUGUAUAUUAAUUUUCUCACGAAAGUAACAAUUUCACUAAUUGUAUUUAUAUAAACUUCGACAUCAUUACUAUGAAGUAAAAUUUAGUAUUUUUAAUUAAUUCUGCUGAUGAGGAAAUGCCACUUUCA